GCGCCCUCACUGAGCAUGUGCGGACGGCGCCGCGCAUGCUCCGUCGAGGUCCGGCCGGGGUUUCUGUUGCGGGGCCCGCGGUGUGUCCUAGCGCAACCGGAACUAGCCGUCGUGGGACUGGCCUCGUUGGUCUCCCGCGGCCUCGUCGUGGUCUCCGGGCCUCCCCGCCCCUCCUCCUUCCCUCGUCUUCCCCUCGGCUCGGCGUCCGUUCCGCGAAGCCGCCCGUCAUGAGCGCGAGGCUGCCGCCGCUGCUGCCGCCGCCGGCGGCGUCGCCGCCGCCACCUCGGGGGCCGCGGCUGUUGCUGCUGGCGCUGCUGCUGCUGCUGCUCGGGGCGGCCCCGGGCCCGCGUCCCGGCCGCGCCUUCUACCUGCCGGGCCUGGCGCCCGUCAACUUCUGUGAAGAAGAAAAGAGGAACGGCGAGUGCAAGGCUGAAAUAGAAUUAUUUGUGAACAGGCUUGAUUCGGUGGAAUCAGUUCUCCCUUAUGAAUACACAGCGUUUGAUUUUUGCCAAGCUUCAGAAGGAAAACGCCCAUCUGAAAAUCUUGGUCAGGUAUUAUUUGGGGAAAGAAUUGAACCCUCACCAUAUAAGUUUACAUUUAAUAAGGUGGAAACCUGUAAGCUUGUUUGUACGAAAACAUACCAUACAGAGAAAGCUGAAGACAAACAAAAGUUAGAUUUCUUGAAAAAGAGCAUGUUACUGAAUUAUCAACAUCACUGGAUUGUGGAUAACAUGCCUGUGACCUGGUGUUAUGAUGUUGAAGAUGGUCAGAGGUUUUGCAAUCCUGGAUUUCCCAUCGGCUGUUACAUUACAGAUAAAGGCCAUGCAAAAGAUGCCUGUGUUAUUAAUUCAGAAUUCCAUGAAAGAGAUACCUUUUACAUCUUCAACCAUGUUGACAUCAAAAUAUACUAUCAUGUAGUAGAAACUGGGUCCAUGGGAGCAAGAUUAGUAGCUGCUAAACUUGAACCAAAAAGCUUCAAACAUACUCAUAUAGAUAAGCCAGACUGCUCUGGACCCCCCAUGGAUAUAAGUAACAAAGCUUCUGGGGAGAUCAAAAUUGCCUAUACUUAUUCUAUUAGUUUUGAGGAAGAUAAAAAUAUCAGAUGGGCAUCUAGAUGGGACUAUAUUCUGGAGUCUAUGCCUCAUACUCACAUUCAGUGGUUUAGCAUAAUGAAUUCCCUGGUCAUUGUUCUCUUCUUAUCUGGAAUGGUAGCUAUGAUUAUGCUACGGACACUGCAUAAAGAUAUUGCCAGAUAUAAUCAGAUGGAUUCCACGGAAGAUGCCCAGGAAGAAUUUGGCUGGAAACUGGUUCAUGGUGAUAUAUUCCGUCCUCCAAGAAAAGGGAUGCUGUUGUCAGUCUUUCUAGGAUCCGGGACACAGAUUUUAAUUAUGACUUUUGUGACUCUUUGUAAGUUUUUUGCUUGCCUGGGAUUUUUGUCUCCUGCCAACCGAGGUGCCCUGAUGACAUGUGCUGUGGUCUUGUGGGUACUGCUGGGCACACCUGCAGGCUAUGUUGCCGCCAGAUUCUAUAAAUCUUUUGGAGGUGAAAAGUGGAAAACAAACGUUUUGUUGACAUCAUUUCUUUGUCCUGGGAUUGUGUUUGCUGACUUCUUUAUAAUGAAUCUGAUCCUCUGGGGAGAAGGAUCUUCAGCAGCCAUUCCUUUUGGCACUCUGGUUGCCAUAUUGGCCCUUUGGUUCUGUAUAUCUGUGCCUUUGACGUUUAUUGGUGCAUACUUUGGUUUUAAGAAGAAUGCCAUUGAACACCCAGUUCGAACCAAUCAGAUUCCUCGUCAGAUUCCUGAGCAGUCAUUUUACACAAAGCCCUUGCCUGGCAUCAUCAUGGGAGGGAUCUUGCCCUUUGGUUGCAUCUUCAUACAGCUUUUCUUCAUUCUGAACAGCAUUUGGUCACACCAGAUGUAUUAUAUGUUUGGUUUCCUGUUCCUGGUAUUUAUCAUUUUGGUCAUUACAUGUUCUGAAGCAACUAUACUUCUUUGCUAUUUCCACUUAUGUGCAGAGGAUUAUCAUUGGCAAUGGCGCUCAUUCCUUACCAGCGGCUUUACUGCAGUUUAUUUCUUAAUAUAUGCAAUACACUACUUCUUUUCAAAACUGCAAAUUACAGGAACAGCAAGUACAAUUCUGUAUUUUGGUUAUACCAUGAUAAUGGUCUUGAUCUUCUUUCUUUUUACAGGAACAAUUGGCUUCUUUGCAUGCUUUUGGUUUGUUACCAAAAUCUACAGUGUGGUGAAGGUUGACUGAAGAAGCCCAGUGUGUCCAGUUAAAAGAGAAAUAAAUUAAAUUCUUCAUCAACAAAGAGCUGUUUUUGUGACUCCCUUGAGUUUUAUCAGACUUAUUGGCCUAGUAAUCCUUCAGAAACAACAUACUUCUCAGUACACCUCUUCCCACAAAAAUGUGGUUUCAACACUAAAGCAUUUGUAUUGUGAUUUGAUUAAGUAUAUAUUUAGUUGUUCUCAGUGAAGAGCAAAUUUAAAUAUUAUGUGCAUUUGUAAAUACAAUAGGUAUAAAGUUUUCAAUACUCGAAUGGCAGAAUAGAGGAGGCCAUAAUACUGAUGAAAUCCAUGACAGUUAAUUGUAAAUAGGAUUUUCUAGGCUCGGUAGGUGGAAAGAAUUAUUUUUCUUUGAAGGAAAUAACUUUUUAUCAUGGUAAUUUUGAAGGAUGAUUCCUAUGAUGUGUUCAUGGGGGGGAGUGUGGCUUUUAAAAAUCUUGUAUUGGUUGUAACUGUUCAUAUCUUAUUACUUUUCUGUGUUGACUUCAUUAUUCCCAUGGUAUUGGCCUUUAAACUAUGUGCCUCUGAGUCUUUCAAUUUAUAAAUUUGUUAUCUUAAUAAAUAUUGUAAAAA